GAUUCAACCGCCAAGUAAGUUACAUUUUGCUAUGUCACGGUAAAGAAGUUUAAGACCAGUGUAUUUACAGAAAAUUGGACAGGUUUAGGCGCAGAGACAUAUGCCACUGGAUAUACGAUAUGAAAUGAGAGCCUUUCUUGUUUUUUGAAGGCAGUUCCUGGUCAUUUUGAGCCGUUUUUAUUACUGUAUAGCUAACGUUACACAGUGAAGCCAGAAGCCUCAUGUUUUCGUCAAGCCAAGAGGAGCACUGCGCCCCGUCCAAAGACCCAGUGAAAUACGGGGAACUGGUGGUGCUAGGUUACAAUGGCUCUCUGCCCAAUGGAGACAGGGGUAGAAGGAAAAGCAGAUUUGCGCUGUACAGGAGGACCAAAGCCAAUGGGGUUAAGCCGAGCACUGUGCACAUCCUAAACACGCCCCAGGCCAGCAAGGCUGUAAAUUGUAAAGGCCAACACAGCAUCUCCUACACACUGUCCAGGAACCAGACGGUAGUAGUGGAGUACUGCCAUGACAAAGACACUGACAUGUUUCAGAUUGGACGUUCCACCGAGAGUCCCAUAGACUAUGUGGUGACGGACACAAUAGCGGGAGGCCAGGACGGAGAGGAGACUCCCAUCACUCAGAGCACCAUCUCCCGCUUUGCCUGCAGAGUCGUCUGCGAGCGCAACCCACCCUUCACUGCUCGCAUCUACGCAGCUGGUUUUGAUUCUUCCAAAAACAUCUUCCUCGGGGAAAAAGCUGCAAAGUGGAAGAAUCCUGAUGGUCACAUGGAUGGACUAACAACCAAUGGCGUGCUGGUUAUGCAUCCAAAAGGUGGCUUCACAGAGGAGUCAAAGCCUGGCGUGUGGAGGGAGAUCUCUGUUUGUGGGGAUGUUUACACACUGAGAGAAACACGUUCAGCACAGACCCCUGGAAAACUGGUUGAGAAUGAGAGUAACAUACUGCAGGAUGGCUCCCUGGUGGAUCUGUGUGGAGCUACUUUACUGUGGCGAACUGCCGAAGGCCUCUUCCACACCCCCACCCAAAAGCAUCUGGAGGCUCUCAGGCAGGAGAUCAACGCUGCACGUCCUCAGUGCCCUGUGGGUCUCAACACCCUCGCUUUCCCCAGCAUGCAGCGCAGCCGUGCCCUCUCCUCCCUGGAGGACAAGCAGCCUUGGGUCUACCUGGCAUGCGGUCACGUGCACGGCUACCACAACUGGGGCCACCGCUCCGAGCACGAGCCCAACACCCAGCGAGAGUGCCCGAUGUGUCGGGUGGUCGGGCCCUAUGUGCCGCUGUGGCUGGGCUGUGAACCGGCCUUCUAUGUGGACACGGGGGCACCCACCCACGCCUUUGUGCCAUGCGGACACGUGUGUUCAGAGAAGUCAGUUAAGUACUGGUCAGAGAUCCCUCUGCCCCAUGGCACCCACGCCUUCCACGCCGCCUGCCCCUUUUGUGCCACCCAGCUCAGUCUGACUCAGGGCUGUUCCAAGCUGAUCUUCCAGGGCCCUGUGGACUGAUGUAAAGGGUCCCGAUCCAGUAAGGUAGACAAGACAAGGAACGCCAACAUGCUGUGAAACUAUUUGGAUUAUUUUGUUGCUUUCUCUUGUUCGUUUAAGCCAGCUGUGGAUGGGAGCAUGUUCUGGUCACAAACUGGGGAUUCCACACAGCAGAGAGCUAUUGCAGGUUGUUCAGGCUUCUUGUGGUUGUUUUGAUGGCCUCUGUGGGAUACAGAGAUGUGGGGCAAACAGGACCAAAUAAUCCUGGCUCCCUCAGAAUGAAAACUGUUUCAGCUGUUCUGCCAACCUUCUGCUUUAAACAAGGCUACAGCGCUGGGAUGUUUUAAACUACAAUGACUGCUGGGUUUGCACCACAGCUCUGCAGAGAAGGAAUUCAUUGAUUUCACUCGGGAAUCGGACUGAACCAAAAACAUUAAGCAGGUUUUGUUGAGUCUGCUGGGAAGAAAAGGGGGUGGAGGGUUUGUAGUUCAAUUCCUGGUGGGUCUGAGUCUUUACAGAGCCAGACAGCUGGACUGUUGGCUGGAAGAAAGGACAGGAGAAACUCGGGUGAAAAGCCCCCCUCCCCUCGCCCUCUCGGCCAUGAAAUCCUGCUGACACCUGGAUCACGCAGCUCUCUGGAUUUGGCUUCCGUUUGCUGAAAAAACUUUGAGGAGGGUCAAAGACUUUUUUGUGUAUAGAGAUAUAAUCCAGUGCCUCAAAUCCCAUUAAACUGUGGGAGUAUUUUCUUAAAUGAGCAAAGAUAUUUUGUCGAUGGCAAAGGGAGAGAUAGUUUUGCACCCUUAAGACAACCCACACAGAUUCUUCUUCGCGUUUUUACCCGACAUAUUUUACUACACUGAGGCCCUUGUACUGUUUUGUAAUGCAAAUGUUAAUAUAUUUUUCUCCUGCAGAAAUAAUGUGUGGAUGUUUAGGAGAGUGUGCAUUAAUGGAUGAUUGUAUAUGUGUGGAGGGGUUUGGACUGUGUGGGUGUUAAAAUCGCCCUGCAUCAUUUCACCCAAAUCCCCCUUUUUAUGACCUCCCCCACCCACCACUCAAAGAAAGCUACCUGAGAGAAAACAGGAAUCAAAGCAGGGGUUUGACAAUGAAUGUACUGAUACACUUCUCGCUGGCGGUGCUUCAUUUAUACUAUUGCUUUCUAAAUGGCUGUGCUGUUAAAGGUAUGAGAUGGAACAAUUUGGAAACUGUGCCACCGUAUGAGUCAACCACACCUGCGUGCUACCUAGCUCACAGGCUAGCUGCAUCCCUGCCCCCCACACACGUACUGUUUUCAAUCUGCACUGUUGUUAGCUUUAUCCCACGCUGGGUCUGAUCCAAUGAUUUCUCUGCUGUCAAACCUGGGCACAGUCUCAGCAGCAUCCAGAGAUUAAACCAAAUAUAAGGAGGGAGCUGUUUUCUCUCUCCACGCGAGAGAUGUAACGUCCACUUUCUCCGAUCCAAAGUGUUUCUGUAAACAAUCCUUAAACCCAAACUGCUGCUACGGUGGAACGGUGACAGCUCUGGAUUACAGGCAAGGCUGUUUGCAACCCAGCUGCAUGGGAAUAAUGAUAUUAUCGCACACCAUGCCAAAUUUAGUAAGUUCUUUUGUGUGUGGAUGAGUCAAGUUGUCCAAAACAAAGCAACGGAUGAACUGAAACUAAAGAAUCUGGGACGAAUCUGUGCAUUCUUCUGUGAUGUUCGCUGAGCAGACUGUGCCCAUAUGUAGAGUGUAGUUGAAGGCAAUAAUCUGCCUCUAGAUUAUGAAAUAUAUCAAGCAUUAAAUUAAGAAAUAUUGAAGGUAUUGUUCUUAAGAUAGCGUUAAAUUUUCUUCAGGGUUGCAUUAAAAAUGAGAGCUCAUCCACCUUGAUUAAAGGCAGCAUAUUUUUCUGUUUCUGCUCCUAAGAGAGUCAUACCUAACAUUCUCAGCAGCAUUACGCUUCACUCAAACCACAGAGCAGUUCUCAAUGGCUUUUUUUCCUUCUGAUUUUAUGUAACUACCAAGCAGGGUCAAGUACUAAGUCACAUAAUGUACAGUAGCAUUCCUCCCCAACACUCUGAGCUCCAACACUGUGCCCCUUUUGCUUUUCGACUGUGUCUCUGUGGCAGCUGCCGAGUAGCUGCCUCAAACAUUCCUCCUCGGUAAACAUGGGUGGGGCCCUCAGUUCACCCAAGGGCUUGUUCUAUGAUUUUGUCUCCUACAGGAACUCUGUACACAAGCCAUAGAACGCACUGAUGCUCCCAAUGCCUCCUUUGCGAAGAAUAAAGUAUUUUUUAAAAACAACAAACUGAGUUGGUUGUCUCUCUGAUUUUUAAGGCCUUCUUAAAAUGUGACAGCCAUGUAAAGUUUAACAAUUUGUUCCUUUUGUGGUGCUUCUCCCUUUGAACUAGAGAUGUUUCAGCUGUGUACACACAACACAGCAGUAAUGUUAAGUUACACGUAUGUUUCAUCAUUCCUCAGCCUCCUCGCUCGCCAAACUUGCUCUUUGUUAUGAUAGCUCUAUCAAACGCGCUAUUUUAUAAGAUAAGGCACACAUUUUUCUUGAAGUCUUACUUUACAUGCAUUUCAUGUUAUGUCUUAUCAGUCACAUCUUAAGAUUUACCACAGGAAGUGACUGCAGGAGCCACGUUCCCCUUUAUGUAGUUCGUCUCUGUGGCCACAAGAGGGCACUGUUUCCUCAAAAAUAAAGAUGUUGGCAUUUAGCCCAAAUCCACUGAGCCUGCAGCAUCCUAUAGCCAAAAACAGCAAUGAAAUAGAAGUUUGAUGUUUAUUAUGAAAAAGACUCAGUGCUAAUGCUACACACAUACAUUUGAAACAAGAGAAAUCAAAUUAAGUAAAUUAACAUGCCUAUAGAUGCCUGAAAAUCCUCUAUAUUUGCAAUUAUGCUCCCAAAGAUAAUGUAUGUUUGCUAUAUUUUAAGGUUGGAUGUUUACUGAUUAAUCUUCAUCAUCCAUAUGUGUUUACUUUUACAUUUCUAUGAAGUAAUUAUUCAUUUGUUAGAUUUAUUUCAUAUUUAAAUCCUGCCAUCAAACAUGACUGACAAAUACGCACAGUUAUGAGCAGUUUUUAUUUUUAUGUACGUGCAAAAUGCGAUGCUGCUGAUGAUGACAGUUUCCAUCACUCUCUCAUGUGACUUCCUCUCCUCUAUAAUAAGGGCACAUGAAAGGGAUUUAAAUACAUAACAUGUCAGUUAUGCAUUUGGAGUGGGAAUGGAGCCGUGGGAUGCCUCGCUUGCUAAUUAACAUUUCUGCUGUAGAUGUGCGAUGGGUUCAUAUGUCUGCACACUCGCCUGUUUUUCUGAAUGACAGAAGAGACACUGAAGGUGACAGCAUGCUAAUUUUGAGAUCACUCAGUGGCUCCCCUGCCUUAAGCAGGGCAGGGUUAUGCAAAUAGAAGUGGAAUGAUACAAUAUUUUUUUUCUCUUGAGCCAGCUUCCUGGAUGAGGAAGUGAGGUUCAUGUGUUAUAUUGAUGCAGGACUCUGAAAAAGAUUGACACAAACCCUAGUACUUCCAGCAUAACCUUUGGGAAACCUAAUUAACUUCUAACUCUUCUCACAGCCACAUGACUAAAUUGUACAGGAUCACAAUUUCCAGUUGUAUUAUAAUGCACAAAAAGUCCCUUUAAGAGUAUACAUCUUUAUUUGAUCAGAAUCGGCUUAUGAAGCAGAUAGAGCAUUUGGGUAGGGAUUGCAAGGAAGUAUUCAGACCCCCUUCACUUUUUGCAAUUUUCUUAUGUCGCAGCCUGAUGCUACAAUCAUCUAUGCAAAACACUUUAAAUAAAGCUCAGGUCCCUCCUAUUUCUUUGGAGCUUAGCUGAGAUGUUGCAACACCUCAGCACUGAAGGAGCACAGUGGACUUCUCAAAUGGAAGAAGUUUGCCACCACCAGCACUCUUCCAAGAGCUGGCAACCAGGCCAAACUGAUAUCAGGGGAGAAGGGCCUCAGAGGUGACCAAGAAAUCCAGAGAUCCUGUGUGGAAAUGGGACAAAGGACAACCAUCACUGUAGCCCUCCACUGAUCUAGGCUCUAUGGCAGAGUAGUGAGACAGAAGCCUUUUCAGUGCAAAACACGUGAAAGCCUACUUCCAGUUAGCAAAAAAGCACCAGAAGGACUCUCAGCCUGUGAGAAACAAGAUUGAACUGUUUGGCCUCAUUUUUAAACAUUAUGCCUGAAGGAAACCAGACACCACUCACCACCUGCCCAAUGCCAUCCCAACAAUGAAGCAUGGUGGUGGCAGCAUCAUGUUGUGGGGGUGUUUAUCAGCAGCAGGGACUAGGAGACUGGUCAGGGAUAAGGUAAGCUGAAUGGAGCAAAGUGAAGAGAUAUCCUCAGUGAAAACCUUUUCUGCAGCACUCAGGAUGUCGGACUGAGCUGAAGGUUCAUCCUCCAACAUGACGAUGACCUGGCGGGGGGCUGCAGUGAUGGUUGCCCUUUUGGGACUUUGUCCUGUCUCCACACAGGAUCUCUGGAGCUCAGUCAGAGUGACCAUCGGGUUCUUGGUCACCUCUUCAAAUUCAAUUUUCACUUUGUCAUGAUGGGGCACUGAAUGUAGAUUAUGUAGAUAAUGUAUUUGAAUGUAGAUAAAUGAAUUAACGAAUAAAACCGUGAUAGUUAUUCAUCUAGUCAAUUCCUGACUUCAGCUCCUAUAGGCAGGGAACAUCUCCAAACAAGAACACUUGGAAUUGAGUAGUUGACGUUUCCUGCUGCAACCUUCUCUUUUAACGCUUUCUUCCCAUCUGAUUAUUUCAAUGCAUAACUAUCCCAUCCUCCCAUCCUCAAUGCAUAACUAUAAAAUUGCAAUAAUAUUGUUAUGGGGAUGACUUUUUUAAAGCUUUGACUGUAGACAUUGUUGCUUCUCAGUCAAUCUGCUGCUUUAAACUGAGAAAAUUCUCUUUGUGUCAUUUUGGCCUGUACAACAUGAGAAAAGUAAUAACAUUGGCAUUGCACUAAAAAUAGAAUUAUAUCCUGCUUUUAUGCCUAUCUGUUGUUUUAAAUGUUUUUUUACACAAUGCCUUUGUUUCAAAAAUGUCUCUUCUGAAACCAAAUAAAUCUAAAAAGCAUUUUUA